GCCGGAGGAGCGUACCAUCCGCAGGCGGGGGUGGGUUAGGGUCGCUCCCGGAAGUAGCCCUUGCGCGUCCCGGAACCCGAGCCCCUUCCCCCGGCUCCGCGGGGUUUGGGCGCCUUCCCGAGGCGCCCGCGGUGGCUCUCGGGGGAAACGCGGUGCUCGGCCGAGUGGCGGCGGGUUACUGCCGGCCGCGGUGGGGCGGUCGGCUGCGGCGGGAGGCGCACCUGGCUUCGCGUGCCUGGUCUCAGGGGGCCUAGGUUCACGUGGAGGCUACCCACGGCACCCGCCUCGUAGUCCUCAUCCUGUGCGCCUCCGUGGAAGGGAGAGUGGCGGUAGGACUGUUGCCGCCGGUGACUGCACGAGACCCCACCUCUACCCAGGGAAUCCAUCCGGAGUUGGGGCUCCUGGAGCGUCGCCUCGGGGCACAGUGCUGGCUGUGGGUGGGCCUCCGAUGAAUUCCUGUUCAACAGUCAAGUGAAUCAGGAGUAUUUGCAGAAAACAGGUGUGCUGAUGGGACAAGGCUAACUGGAGAGCAGAACGGGAUCGGCGUGGCCCCAGCCGCAGCCCAACACACAGGACCCCGCUGGCCCUCGAGCAGGGCUGUCGGAAGCGGGCCUCCGGCGCUGGCCCAGGCGGAGUGGAUGGUGCCUUUUGCAGGGCGAGCCGUCAGCCGACCCCCGUGGCAUCCGCGUCCCCGUGUCAGAACCGCUGGAGCCCGGGUCUCCCCCCGACUGACUUCCUCCGAUGGAGUCGCAGGGUGAGAAGCCGGCAGAGGCCGACGGGGUGCGCGUCACACCCCAGCUGCUCAAGUCUCGCUCGGGUGAGUUCGCGCUGGAGUCCAUCCUGCUGCUGAAGCUUCGGGGCCUGGGGCUGGUGGACCUGGGCUGCCUGGGGGAGUGCCUGGGGCUCGAGUGGCUGGACCUGUCGGGCAACGCGCUCACGCAGCUGGGCCCGCUGGCCUCCUUGCGCCAGCUGCUGGUGCUCAACGUGGCCGACAACCGGCUGACGGCGCUCGAGCCGCUGGCCGCCUGCGAGAACCUGCAGAGCCUUAAUGCCGCGGGCAACCUGCUGGCCACCCCCGGCCAGCUGCAGUGUCUGGCUGGCCUGCGGGGCCUCGAGUACCUGCGGCUGCGGGACCCCCUGGCCCGGCUCAGCAACCCGCUGUGCAGCAGCCCCUCGUACUGGGCGGCCGUCCGAGAGCUGCUCCCCGGCCUCAAGGUCAUCGACGGUGAGCGCGUGACGGGCCGGGGCAGCGAGUUCUACCAGCUGUGCCGGGACCUGGAUAGCUCCCUGCGCCCCAGCCCCAGCCCCGGUCCCGGGGCCGCUAAGGCCCAGCCCUGGGUGGAGCCAGGCUACUGGGAGUCUUGGCCCCCCCGGAGCAGCUCCAUCCUGGAGGAGGCCUGCCGCCAAUUCCAGCACGCCCUGCAGGAGUGCCACGACCUGGACCGCCAGGCCCGCGACAGCUUGGCCCAGGCUGAACGGGCGCUCAACCCUGCCGGCACUACCUCGUCCUUCGUGUUUUGAGUGUGUCUGCGGUCUGUGGCAGCUGGGCCCACUGUGGCCUGGCUGCCCGUCUCUGCCUCCCUGUAGCGCCGGCUGUUUCCCCGUGUUCCUAAGAGCAGCCCCCCGCUUCUCCUUCGGGAAGAUUCCACAACCUUCCUGCACACAGUUCAAGGGCGCACCUCCCCCGUGGCCUCUAGCAGGGGUAGGGGCCCUGUUCAAGGGGCACGCCUGGCAUGAGGCCGUCCGGCCACCUCCAGCGUGAGCCUUGGGAGGAGGCCUCUGGAGGAAACGGUCUCCAGCCGCAGCCACCCCUGGCCGGAGGCUCAGUGGGAGAGAGUUGCUUCCUCCUAAAGCUAGACGUGAGAAAGGCAGGGAGGGGGUGCGCGCUGGCCCAGCCGGUCCUGGGAGAGGAAGUGGCAGAGCCCCGAAGGUGGCCUUCGUCCACCUUCCGACAUUGCCUGUCCCGGUGACCCCCUGCUGUAGUGGCUCAUCCUGUGUCACCCUGGAGCCCUCACUGCCUGUUCUCACCCACGCGGAUCCCUAUUAAAUCUCUCUAUUCUAAUAA